AAGCGUUGCAUCGUCGCUGUUCGCCAUUUUGGAUUGGUGUUGGGGGAGUCGACCUUUGGACUAAUUGUUAGAAAUCUGCAUUCAUCCGUCCCUGCAAAAUUCACCAGGACCGAUCCAUCUUACUAAAAAAACAUAACCCAUAAGGACGGGCCGAGGGAGCGGACCGUUCCCUGGGUGCAGUGCAGCAAAGUGCUCAAUGACUUCUCCUCGUCAGCAUGUCCACGGUUUCGGGGCUAACUUCAAAGGGGGAGAAAGGAAAGUCAAAGUUUGUGUCAUUGGACAUCAAUAGCCUCUACAAGGGAAAGAGUUUAGAGAACCCCAAAACUUCCGUGGCCCCCAAACAUGGCUUGCAGUCAUUGGGGAAAGUUGGUGCGGGGCGGCGCAUGCCCCCUCCGGCCAACCUUCCAAGCUUGAAGAGCGAAAACAGCGGCAACAACCCUAAUAUUAGUCUUGUGCCUAGUGGAGGUCAAGGAUGGGGGAGUGCUGGAAAAGAGAAGGGGAAAACACCAGAAGAAAACAGCAGUGGCGCAACGCAGUCACAACACUCGCAAUCACCUACUUCACAUUCACAAGGUCCACCUGUCACAAAGACUGCUCCAUCCGGAGCCAACAACAACAGCAGUACCAGCAGCAGCAGCGCAAGUGGUGGUUCGGGCGUGAAGACCUGGAGCAGCGUGACAUCCAACCAAGAGGAUGGUGGUCCAGAACGCAGCUUCUUGGGCCAUCAGUCGCCAUUUUUUCCUCAGGAAUUCCCCAGGCUAGCUGGUGGAGAUGUGCCCACAGAUGGGGCCCAAAGGCACAAUUCGGAUUCUCAGUAUGGCCCUGGGCCCAGCCUCCGCCCCCAGAUGGAGGGGACCUGGGGACGAGGCACUCUUCAACAGCAACAGCAACAACAACAGCAGCAGCAGCAACAACAACAACAGGGGGCCAACUCGGGGCUGGGCUGCGGCCUACCCGUCGGCCAGCAUCAGAGCAGUGGCAGUGGCGUGAACGGCCAGUCGCCCUCAGAGCGAGGGACCCUGGGCCCUCCACGGCACCCUUCCUCUGGGGGGCCGCAGCCUCCACUGGGCUCAGGGCCCUCCUCAGCACUGCCCCCAUAUAGGCAUAUGGUGCCACCCUUUGUACAGGCUUACGGAAGAGGGUUUCCUGGAAAUUUCUCUCCAAACUACUCUGGUAUGCCCUCUGGGGCUCGUCCAGGGUACUCCUAUUCGGAAAGCAGAGUGCGAUCUGCACGAAACAUGCCGGAUGACGAUGUGUAUCAGAGACCAGCAGCCAUUAUCAGUGAAAAGGACUUCAAGGGAUUUGACGAGAUUUUGCAGAACGACUCUGAAGACGGCUGGGCUGCAGCCAAGGGGGAGAUAGACUACAACGCGAAGCUGGUGUUCAGCGACGAGGAGGACUCUGCUCCCCCACCAGCAGCUUCUAGUAGUGGCCCAUCAAUGGCCAGUCAGCAGCAGCUGCCCAGCAAGGGCUCGGGAGAGAGGUCGAGCCCCAAGCCCCCUCCGCAGGCCCCACCUCAGCAGAAGCCGCAGGAACGCGCGGACAAGGAGGAGCGCAGUCGCUCGGGCAGCAGCAGCAGCGUGGGCAGUGGGGCCAAGCUUCAGGCACCCCCAGGGGGUCGGGGGGGACGGGAGGUCAACUGGGAAGCUGGCGAGCGCUCCGCGAUGCGAGACUCCCAGCAGCCUCCCGCGCCCCACGACAGGAAGGGGGGCUGGAACCAUGCUCCCUCCGGUGGCCAGUGGCAGCAGCAGCCGGGCCCCCCCGGAGGGUCUUCCAUGGACUACCCCCCAGCUCCUCCUGCGGGUUUUCCUGCGCCUGCACCGCAGCCACCACUCGCUCGCUUGCCUCCUACCUCAAUUCCCCAACAGCAGCACCCCGGGGCCUUCAGUUCUCCACCUAGCGCUGGGCGCAGCGGGGGUCGUCCCCUGGAGUUGCCGGACGAUGACGAGAUUUGGCGUCAGCGACGGCAGCAGCAGGACGAGAUGGCCCUGACGGUGGAGAGGACGCGUCAGCGCAGGGAAGAGGAGGAGAAGCGCUUUGAGCAGAUCAAACAGUCUACAUCACACAAGAGCUUCGAGCAGCAGCAGCAGCAAGACACUCCGCCUGUCCCCCACCAGGACAAGGAGGAUGAGAGGCACGUAGAGGCACAGGUGCUCCGCGACGACAAGGCAGGUCCUCCGCCUAGAGGAGAGUUCCGCCAGCAGCCUCCGCCGGCGAUGCCGCCUGCGGGCGGAAGCAGUGGCGGCGGUGGCUAUCAGAGCUACCAGCGGCCUUUCCAAAAAAAUGUGCCCCCACGUUUCCAGAAGCAAGCUGAGCUUCAGCGCCAGCAGCAAAUGCAGCAGCUGCGAAAGCAGCAAGCGGGGCCGCCAGUCCCACCCUCUGGACCCCCACCACCACCCAUGCCCCACCCUGCAGCAGCCCAGCCCUCUGCAAUGCCCCCGGGUGUCAUGGGGGUCAACUUUGACCCCCGUUGGGCGGCCAUGCCUCACGGGGGUCCUCAGUUCCUAGGUCAGCUGGGCAUGCCUCCGUUGGCAGGUCCCCCCGGGGCCAAACCUCUGGGCACGCCACGGGCGGACGGGGGUCAGACGGAGGGGGGCUACACUCAGGACGGGGAGCGGCUCGCGUACGAUGGGAGGGAACCACCCGUACGGGCUCCCCCCCUGGAGUACUGGCAGCAGCCGCGGGCGGGAGAGAGGACUGGGCCCCCACCUCCUGCAAUGCCUCCUCAGCAUGGGCCACCAGAACGUGGUUGUGUUGCCGCAGCGGUCCCGUACGAUAACUGGCGGCAGUCUGUGCAGUCCUCCAGCUACUAUGACCAGGUUUCCGAUUUUACCCGCAACUCUUCCAACUACGACCAGAGGCCUGAUUUCUCCAAGAGACCGCAGGAGAAAGAAGAGCCCCCGUUUGACGGACGGCCGCACGUAGAUUCGUUCAGAAAGGAGGAAAAACGGGACAGCAGGGAGAACGUGGCUCCCUGGGGCCGGGACUUCGAACAGCGUGGUCGGGACAAGUGGGAUUCUCAGCCGUCCAGGCCCGACAGCAGGGAUAGCCGAGCGAGCAGAGAGUCCUUGCGUGAGGAGAGGGCUGGGCCACCUCCUGUAGAACGCACAGACAUGCCACCACCUGUCGCCGACAGCUGGGAGCGGCCCGCUGACAGGUCCAAAGACAAGAUGCACGCUCCGCUGGACUGGUCCGACACCCCGUUCCCCGCUGAGACUAAGCGGAGGGACUGGCACACCCAUCACCCUCCACCCGUGACACAGCAGCAGCUGGACAGUGUGGGUCCCAGCAAGAAGAACUUUGUGCCCCUGAAGAAGGACCGGAAGGAGCCGCUCCCGAAGGAGGCCCCUCCCAAGGUCGAGGCGCCACCUCCUGAGGCUCCCGUGCCCAAGGAGGAAGAGCCCAAACGGGCAGAGUCGAAGCAAGAGGAGAGGAAAGAGGAGAGACAGACGGAUGACAAAGCCAAAGAACAAAAGAGAGAAGAGCACAUCCCCGAAAAGAAGCGGGAGAGCCGGGAGAGGAGUGGAGCCCGCUCGCGGGGCGGACGCUUCGACUCGUCCCGUGGCCGGGGAAGGGGUGGUCCCUCGUUCGGGGGCGGUGGGGUCGGAUACCGAGGACGCAGUCGCGAGUACCGCAGGACGAGGACAGAGCGGGGCCCACGGUUUGAGAAGAAGAAAGAGGAGGGCAGCGAGGAGAGCUCUGGGCCGGAGGAAGAGAAGUUGAACAGUAGGUUGAGGCAGAAGGAUGAGGACAGCGAGGUGUCCGACGAGAUGGAGCGGAAAGGGGAGGACAGGAGGGCGCCUCCGCAGCGCAGGGACGGGCGCGGCAGGGAACCUCGUAAGAGCGACGAGGGCAAGCCCGCGAAGGAGAGCGCGUUCUCUCCCCGCGGCGAGCCCUCGCGGAGGGGCCGCGGAGGCGGAGUGUCGUUCGGAAGGAGCUCGCGCGGGCGUUACGGGCCCCCCAGCAGUUACGGACCCCCGACCGCGAAGGCACCCUUUGGGAAGCCGGAAGAGGACGGGAAGGAAGAGGACGCGAAAGGGGGACGUCCCGGCAGCGGCAGGCCAGCCGUGCGGAGGCCAAACCGAAUGGAGCCUCUUCCUCCGCGCUUUCAAAAACACCAGACCCGAAGAGUAGACGGGUACGAACGCGGAAAGCCCCGCCAGGGGAAGCCCCCGACCAAGGAGAACCUCUCUGAUGUGGCCAACGAGGACUGGGAGACCGCGUCCGAGAGCAGCACCGUUGCCGACAGGAGGGCGGAAGACGAAGGUCGUCAACAGUCACAGCAGCCCCCCGUGGGGUCGAAGAAGGGGGGGCCGGGCGCACCCCCGCCUCGCCCCGUAGGGGAAAGGCGUAGGCCGGAGCCGCGGCGCGGCGGUGGUGGUGGUGGCAGUGGUUCGGAUCGCAACGGGAGGGUCUCCGUCCCCAGGAGGGACGCCGGGGGACCUCCGCGGGGCGGCGGUGGGCCGAGGGGUGGGAGGAUGGCAGGGCCAAGAGGAGGGGGACAGGGUGCGCGUUCUCGACCCAACGAUACGGGGCCCAAGGGUGAUGCUCCUCCUGCCGCAGUUGUCUACCGAAUGGAUGAAGUAAAGUUGCAGGACCCAAGCAACGUCCAGGCGGCUCUCAAUGACCUCAAUGCCAGGAAGAACUUGAAAAAACCAGAUCCCCUGAAAAAUGGCAAAUUGGAGAAGGACAACAAGCACAAUGCUCUGGAAGGAAUAGAUCUGAACAAUUAUGCCGGCGUUGUCGUCAUAGACGACCAUCCUGCCGUGUCUGACCACAUUGUCUGCGACGCAGACGACGGCUUCCAGGAAGUGACGUCCAAGAAGCGGCACAAGCUUCUCCUGGAGACUGACAACAAGAAACUCAAGAAAGACAUGACCGCAAGACCCGGGAAGCUGGGAACACACCGGCGGCAGAACAAGCUCCCCCCACGCCUGGCUAAGAAGCGGGAAUCUGACCGCCUGCUAGUCGGGAAACUUGACACUCUCCCUUUGGUUGCUCAGCCAUCAGCCAAUGACGGAUCAGAGGAGGACGGGAAGAUUACUUUCUCCAUAAAAGACUCUGUUCCGGCUGCUCCACGACCCGUGCCCAACGCUUGGGACAAGCCCAUCACGCACACGCUGCGCAGCAAUGCCGCCACCUCCACCACUGUAAACCCCACGCCCAUCACAGCACCACCUGUACCUUGCGCACCGGUGUCGGAAGCUCCGGCGCUGGCGUCGAGCAAGUCCAGUAGCUUUGACAGGAAUGAUCAGCAUGACAGUGGGAUUGAUGUGAGCGAUCAGCCUGCGUCUGCCAACUCCUCCCAGAGGUCCUCGCCCAGCAACGACGUCAAGUCCUUGAUGGGCAGCGUGGCGGGGAGUCCCAAGGCUGUGCCCUCUACUGUUGCCUCUGCCAGCAAUGCAUCAAUGUCCCUGGACACCGGCAAGCCCAUGGGGACGGUAAUAUUUGAGAACAAGAACUUCAAGGCGGAGAACGCCGCGCUCGACAAGUUUGAGACCAAGUCUCAGCUGGAACAUGGCAGCCAAAGCAGUGGGCUUUCGCCCGUCGGCACGAAGGAUGGAAAGGACUGCACCGAAGGAGAAAAGACCAAAAACCAGAUAUCUGGAGAAGACGGGGGCGACAUGAAGCUGGACUUCACCUUUGGCUCUGAGCUGUCUCAGUUUGGCGAAGAGAAGGCCAAGCACAUGGCCCGAUCGCUCUCGAGUGAGGUGGCGGCAGUCAAUUCCCCAAUCUCCCCUUCCACGGACGAGCUCAACUUCAAGAUUGCCUCCGUCAAAAAGGUUUGGGAAAAUGCUGGACCCCUGCCAACAGUGGUGGAGCACUCUGGGCCCCUGGCCCCUUCGGAAGAAGUGUGCAGCCCGGGCGGCACAGGGCCCGCACAGCCCACAUUCGGCUCCUUCACCAGCGGGCCGGAUGUCGCGUUUGCCCCUCAGGAACAGGGAGCCCAACAGGAAUCGGUCGUGCAGAAUGUUGCCCCAGAGGUUUCGUUCAGUUCAGCGUCUCCGCUCAAGACCCAGUCCCACCAGCCACACGCCGUGCAGCCGCAGCCCAUUCGUCCGCAGCAGAUGCUUGACCAGCAGCAGCAGCAUCACCUCCAGCAGCAGAACAUGCACCCCAGCAUGCAUCAGGGUGUACACCAAGGACUUCAGCAGCACACCAUUCAGCACGGCAUGCCACCUCCGACGAACAUGUGCAAGGUGAAGCCGCAGCAGCACGCCCCUGCAGCCAGCCCUCCGCCACAUACACUCGCUGGGGUGGACAUGCGGACUAUGGCCAACCUGCAGGUGGCUGCAGGCAUCCCUGCAGCGGUGCCAAGUCCGCCAGCGACUCUUCUCUUCAACGGAACGCAGCAGAUGCCACAGUCUGCCAGCCUGUACCAGACUCUUCUCCCAGACUCGGUUCUGCCCCAGGUGUCUCGAGCCGUGGCCCAAUUCUCUCAGGCAGCGCCUGCGGCCUACCCUCCACCUGCCCUGGGAUCCUACGGAGCAUUUGGCCAAGGAAGCAUGUUUGUGCCCCCAUCGGCCCCCGCGGCGCAGGACCUCUUUGCACCCGGUGCAUUGAGGCUGCAGCCGUACCAAGCCCAGCAUGUGCCUUCGAACCAGGUGCUGGGUCAGCAGAGCCUGCAGAAUCCACACCUACUGGGAUCCCAGCUGAGACCUUCCGCCACCGGGCCCCUGGGUACCACGGGCUACUACUCUGCCCCUCCGCCCCAGCAGGGCAGUUACUACCCUCCGCCCUCCCAGCAGCAGGGCUGCUUCGGUACCCAGUCGACGGUGAGCCUGCAGGCGUUCCGCGGGUUCCAGUCUUUCAAGUCGGCCAUGGACAUCCAGGGCAACCACCAGGGCACGGACGUUGCUCAGCAGCUGUUCUCCCCUCCUCCUCCGCCGCCUGGGAAGCAGCCGCCCUCCUCCAAGGCCGGGGGCUACGUCCCCUCUCAGCCCCACUUUGGCUUUGGUCAGCAGGCCCCGCAGCAGCGGGCCAGCCCCAUGAGGGCGCACCACGUGCUUUCUCUGCCUGCGGUGGGAAUAGUGCGAAGUAACAAUCACCAGGUGGCGCAGAUCCCUUCUGGCCCCAAGUACCCUGGCCCGAUACAGAGGCCCUCUGGUAGUGGGGCUACCUUGCUGGGGCCCCAGAUGGUUGGAGCUCCCCAGCAGAGGGGACCCGGAUUUCGGAGCCAGCCUCCCCUCCGUCAGCCACUGACGUCUGCCCAGCAAGCGAAGCAGCGGGCCGAUGCGGUGCAACAGACUCAGCUCUUUUUUACCCAGUCAAAGCCGGCGGCUGCCCAGCCGGCUGCCGUCGGGAGCAACGGCUCGCCCUGUGGCCAGGAGUCCCCCGGGGAAUCCAAGGUCCAGUCUCCAACCCCGGCGACCGACAUCAAGGAGCUCGCCGAAGACUGCAAGGCGGCUGCUCCCGCCGUCUCCCCGCAGAACGUCGAAGAGUGACGGCCGCGGUUUGUCCCCGACUCCGGUAUUAUCUUCCACUGCUGUUAACUCCGCGGCUGUAUCGUGUUGCUUUCUGCACCCUGUCGUACCGACCGAGAGAUAACAAAAAAAAAAAAAAAAAGUCCCACACUUUCUUGUCAGAAAAAAACAAAAAACAAGCGUCACUAUCUCGGCUCUAUUGCCUCUACCCCGAAUGAUAAUAAAAAAAAGCGGUCUUUUUUGAUAAGCGGACAGUGCUGCCACCACGACGAGGUUUCUCCGUCGAUGGAGUCGAGUCCGUAAGCUCGUGUCGCGUGGGACACUACUUUUACAAAUGUGUGAGGGUCGUGUAAAUGCCACUUUGAACAUGUAUUGCUUACACACAUCAUAGCUCUUCAGUGUUUGUCGUUCACCAUUAAAAAAAAAAAAGCGAAGAAAAGCUUAUUCCUCUGAAGUUGAGGGGAGUGUAUAUUCUUUUUCCCACCCCCCACCCCUGUUCUUUCGGGGAGAGGGAAAGGUACCCCCCACCUCCUUCCGUUCCCCCCCCACCCCGGGAACAACACUGUCUUGGCCCGUGAUGUGUGCAUUUUUUCGGUGUCUCGUAAACGAUGCGUUCUUUCUUUCUCAGGAGGCGGCUCGUGUCGAGGGAUGUGUGUGGGAAAAGUUUUGAGUCUGUGUUUGGAAUGUUUUCACCACUUGUAAAUUUUUCAGAUGUCCUCCGCCUAAUUUAUAUGUAUACAAACACACACACACACAAGCGUGAGAUGCAUGUCGUAUCUUACGUUUUCUUUUUUUUCUUUUCCGCUGGUUUAAAACCGAGCCUGUCGAGAGCAAUCCAUCGUAAACCCUGCUCCGUUCUAGGUGCAGUCGGGCUGUCCGUUUCGGCUCGAUUGAGAAGCUGUGGCGAUCCCAACGCGGACCAGCGGGUUGUGAAAAAAAAAAAAAAAAAGUGGGGAGGGGAUGAACGUUCUCCAACAGCAACGAUGCAGCCUCGAAAAAGAAGUAUUUGCGCCUGCUAGAACGGGGAGGACGGGAUAGCCUCUACGUUUAUUCGGGAUAGCCACGUGCGCUUUGUAACAAAUGAUGCUACGGUGUUGUAGAUGCUUGUUCUUUGUGUUUAGUUGGUGUGUGGAAUUCUUUGGUGUACCAAAAGAGAGAACCAUGCAGUUCUAGCGUUCGUUUUUUUUGUUUUUUUUUAGUUUUGUCUGCAACAGUGUAGGCGCUGGCAGCCACCCUGUGAUCCUUUUUUUGGGGGGUCGUCUGUGCGUGGUGCUUCCUGUGGUUUUUUUUUCUCCUCACCGCCCCACUUUCUCUGUGGACCUGGUUGGAGGUCUGUACAUUUUUUCUCUCCUGCGUGCAAGGGGUGAGGAGGAGGUAUAACCUUCUUUUUUACUGCCUUUCUUUUUUUCAAAUGGAAAAAUGUGGACGGGCACUUGUAAUUGUACGAGGAAAGUUGCUGACUGUAUGUAGUUUCUUGCAAUAAAGCACUAAAGACAGUA